AUGUGUGAGAAGAAAGGGAAGGGCUUCAGAUUAAGUGGUGGAGGUAGCAAAAUUGGAAGUAAAAAGACGCAAAAGAGUUCGACACUUCAAGUGUCAAAAACUCAAAAAUCAGUAACUCAGACCAAGACACAGACAACAAGUGAAAGUGAUGUGAGAGCACCUCUUCCCGAGACUGGUAAAGAGGUUAAGAAAAAGAAAACCGAUGAUGGAAAGGAGAAGAAAGGUCUAUAUAAUCUCCUGGAACGUAAUUGA